AAGAACAAGGACCCCCUGAACGAAACUGUCAUUGGGUUGUACCAGAAGUCAUCUGUGAAGACACUGGCCUUACUGUUUGCCAACUAUGGUGGAGCAGAAGCAGAGGCUAGUGGUGGUGGUGGCAAGAAAGGUGGCAAGAAGAAGGGUUCUUCAUUCCAGACUGUCUCAGCUCUUUUCCGGGAGAACUUAAAUAAGCUGAUGACCAACCUACGGAGUACUCACCCUCAUUUUGUCCGCUGCAUCAUCCCAAAUGAAACAAAAACACCGGGUGCCAUGGAGCAUGAACUGGUGCUGCACCAGCUGCGCUGUAACGGCGUGCUGGAGGGGAUCAGGAUUUGCAGGAAAGGAUUCCCCAGCAGAGUCCUCUAUGCAGACUUCAAACAGAGGUACAAGGUGCUUAAUGCCAGUGCCAUCCCCGAGGGACAGUUCAUUGAUAGCAAGAAAGCUUCUGAGAAGCUUCUUGGGUCAAUCGAUGUGGACCACACCCAGUACAAAUUUGGUCACACCAAGGUGUUCUUCAAAGCUGGGCUGCUGGGA